AAUACUCGAGUACAUAUAUUUUAGGAUUUACAUUUUUACGUGCAAGUGCUAAUUUAUUUAUUUAUUUAUUUAUUUUAUUUUUGGUUUUCUUGUUGCCUAUUUUUAUUUUCACUCAAAAGAUUCGGAGAGGAUGAGUGGUGCAGUGUUGUGUAGUUAAUAUUUUAAAAUAAGGACCAAAAAUAACUAAAAUUCAAAAUGAUUGUAAGGAAGAUGAUGAUAUCAAUGAUAACCUGGCUAAGUCUGUCGACUCUCGUGUCAGUGGAGAGUAGCGAUAGAUGGUCACGUCAGACGUCAAACAGCGAGUGGAUUCCCUUAGCACGUCCGAGAUCGGCACUUCCGCAUCAGACGUCAGUGGUCAGUAGUCACAGUCAGUCACCCUCUGGCUCGGUUUUAUUACGUAAUACCAAUAAUAAUAUUCAAUCGCUCAACUUACCUCCGGCAUUGCAGCAAGAAUACCAGCAGCAGUUAUUGCAACUUCAAAAAACUCAAGAGAGCAUCCAGAAACUUUUGUUGUUGCAGCAACAGCUACGAUCGCAACAACAAUUGCUACAAAAUCAGGCAUACUUGCCUAAUGUAGUGGACGAUAACAAACAACCCUUUAGACAAAAUGCGAUUCCGAAUCGUCAGGUCGAUUUCAACUCCGAAACGUCACCGCCGCAAUUGUCUCCAGAUGCUUUGCCGCCGGUUUAUUCUUCUCAGCAGUUCAAGCAAUCCCAGGAGGCGGCAAUAGAGGGUGGAGUACCUCCCUCUGGUGGCUCGGGCAAUGAUGAUAAGGGGGAAAAUUCUGAUGAAGAGAUUCAGGUGGUAUACGUGCCAGCGGAAACACUUGCGCAACGAGGCCAAUCCAAAGAGGAAAGAAACCGCGACCAUAACCAAUUUUCAUUCUCGCGACACGAGAAUCGUUAUUCCCCCCAAACUAACCAGCAGCAAGUGGAUUCCCCGUCAUCCACUGGCGUUUCAGCAGAAGACAACAAUUAUAAUCAAGAGUAUGUCCAGUUUCCCCAGGGACAGGAAGCUGUAGACCAAUUUUACAAAGAGGCCCGUCAGAAGGAACUAGAUCGUUUGAACGAGGAGGGCAAGGAAAUAGCUCGCCAGGCAAAACUUCAAGCAGCAGCACGUCAACGAGAGCAAGAACGAGCUCGUCAGCGGGAUAUGGAAAAGAAAAUCAAAGAAUUGGCGAAAAUUGAGGAACUUGCCAAGCAAAGGGAACUGGAUCGCAUCCGCGAGGCCCGAGAGCGUCAACGUGCUGAGGAAGAACAAGCUAGGCGGAAAGAAGAGAAAGCGCGUCAAGCCGAAAUCGAACGGCUUGCGGCUUUGGAGAGACAGAAAAACGCCGAAAUCGAACGUUCAAUUGCUCGACAGAAAGAGCUGGAAAAAUUAGCUCGUGAGGACGAGGAACAUCGCGAGAAAGCCGCAGCUCUUAAGAGCUCAGAGGAUCAAAUCCAUCAUCAGCAUCACACUGAAACUGGUAAACCCAAGGGAACUAGACACCGAAGCAAACCACGAACACGUCCGCAGAAAGAAGACAGUCAAGAGUCAUCAACCAUACCACCACCCAACCAGCCUCCGUUGGCAGUUUUCAUGGGCCCAGAUCUCGAGGCCCAGGAAAGCCAACCCCAGUUCCAAGUGAUCGAUGCCUUGCGUUUCCUACGAGACGCUAAAACUAUCGCAGUGCUGGACCACGUUUCUUCUAGCAACCCCCGCGUGUUCGUUGGCCCCGCGAAUCUAGAUCCUCCACAUGGAUAUUCCAAGUUCGAACUCCCUUAUCUCUCGUCCCUAGACAUGAAUCGCGUGGAAAGACGCGUUGACAAGCUGCCAUUCUUUGUAGCGCCUUUAAGCUUCAAUCCACCAGUCGGCUACUACAAAAUUCCUUUCCCACAUCCGCACAUUGGGUCGGUGAUAGUAAACAGCAUCGACGACAAUAUCGGUCCCUCUGCCAGCCAAGAGAGCUCGAAAACGGUCCCCAAUGUCAUUGACCAGAAUCUGCCAUUCACUGGACCCGGACAAGCCUAUCAAGCUUCCUAUGAUUCGGCCAAUCUUGCGCCCUAUGGUUACUCGCCAGCUCAGCAGCAGACAGUGACUCCACAGUACCCUGGUUCUUAUCCAACUGCCAACGAAGGCUACAAGUACCGACACCAAUACGAUCAGCAGUCGGUCACUCCUUAUCCAAAUGAGUACACGACCGAUUACCGAAAGCCAAAUGUCGUGUCUUCGUACUCCUACAACCCGGAACUGAACCCCACGACCCCCGCUUACCAGGACGGGUACUCGCAUACCCGAGUCCAGCCGAACAAGGACCAGGAAAUAACCUCCCAGUUGGCGCAGAUAAACCAACACGACUACUCUCAGCACAGACACAUCGAAAACCCCUACCAGCAUCCUAGUCAACAGGCUUCAUUGAACCCGCACCACGGAAUCUAUCACCUCAACCCCAACAUCCAGAACUCCUAUGAAGAAAUUGAUCCCCGUCCCGUAGGCCCCAACUCAGCGGGACCCAAUCCACCGAUUCCAGUGCCCGGUUACAGUCUGCCACCAGAGUUACCGCCAAUUCACCCGCAACUUCCGGGUCUGGUUAAUUCACUGAUUGAUGCUAAAGAGGCCGAUAAGUUUAUCACAACUCCUAUCGCCACCACCACAACUGAACCUCCACCAACCACAACAACAACAACAACAACUACGACCACUGAAGUGCCCACAACAACUUACAGACCACGUGUCCGACAGAGGGGUAGAAUCACCGCUCGCACUACUACUACUCCCUUGCCGACUUCUCUCACCGUUGGGUCAACUACACAGCGUAAUUACGAACGUACACGGAGACCAUUUAACAGAUCUAGAUCACGAUUCACGACCACCACCACCACGGAAGAGUACAAGGACACUUACGAGCCAAGUAGGUCUAAAGUUACAGACACCACUACCAGAUACACCCAAGAGCAGUAUCGCCGGCCCACUACACCCAAGAUACAAAAGUUCAAGACUCGUAAUCACGAAGCAUCGAAUCAAAUUUCAAACCCACAAACCCAGGAGACUUUGGCUGACGAAGGAAGCAUCCCCGAAGAUUUAGGUAACUCACGUCAGCCAUAUCAAAAUUACAACCUGCCACUCACCGGAAACCCGUCGACGUACGGUGACGAGCACUCGUUCACAACUGAACGUGAUUACUCGAAAAAUCCAAAUUAUCCCCAACUAUCUCAUGACAGGUUCCGUGGAUCUGAUACCGGUUAUCAGAGUAAUCUAGAGAGCCAGGGGUAUGAUUAUGAUGUACGUGAGGGUGCUAAUAAUAAUAAUAAUAAUAAUAAUAAUGCUCCGUCGACACCAAUAUCAGUGACACCUGAGUAUUAUUACGCCGAUAAAACUGAAAGUAUUGAGGGGGUAACGGACACGCCUUAUUCUCAAGUAGACUAUCGUCCUAGUAUUAAUUACAGCAAUAAUAAUAAUGAUGACAAUGAUAAUGAUAAUAAUAAUAAUAGUAAUGAAGAUGACAGAAGUAGUACAAGUGGUGAAAAUAGUCCGGUGUUAAAUAAUAAUCAAUACUCUGCGGAAAUUCACCCGCGACCUUAUGAAUCUUUUUCUGAGCCUGAAACGACGACAGAAGUGCCAACGACGACAGAACAGGCACCGGUGAUAAUUCGGCAGAGAGUACGAGCUCGUUUAGGUGGUCGUCCGCGACAGGAUUCCCCAAUUCAAACGGCACCACGUGGCUCUCAGGAUGAGUACGUGCACUUUAGUGCAGUCAAUCAACCGGCACAACGAGUGUCGACGACGGCACGUACGACUCGGCCGACAAGACCGAAGACACGGCCUAAUUAUCUCACCACGGCCCAGGUGCUGAGCGAGGGAAAUGACUAUGUGAGAAUACAGUCGGCAAAUCGCCCGCAUCCAAAGACUAUUGUGCAAGCCGCCGCUCCUAAAACUACAACUACAACUACAACUACUACUGUCGCUCCAAUUAGCAAUGACGACUCCAGUGACGAAGAGUACGGAUUUAUACGCAAGCCCAAUUUUAAUCAACCGCAUAAUCUUAUUAGCAGCAAAUUUCGCGCUCCGGAAUCACCAAUACAGCUACAAAAUAUAGCGCCGACAGAUGAAACAGCUGCAGAUUCAAGUCCGACCCACACACAAGUGCCGAAUAAGAACCGUCAGAAAUAUCAGUCGCCAAAUCGUCCACGGCCGACUAUAAAGUCAUCAAAUAACGCUCCUAUUACUACGACACCAGCUGCAGUGGAUAACCAAUUGUACACAGCGAAGCCUAGAGUAAGAGCAGAAGAACCCAAGAACCGAAUCCGGACUCGGGUACGCAGACCAGGACGUCGGCGUACUACGACUACAAGUACCACGACCGAGGGCCCACUUGACGAGAAUAAUAAUCUCCCACUAGAAGAAAAUUAUCCCAGGAUUUCGAUAAAUCAAAAGGAUUCAAGUAUCGAGAGGCAAUCGAUUUAUGACGCGAAUUAUGAAACCCUUCCAGUUAAUACCGGAUCAAAUGGACCGAGUCGCUCGGAUUAUGUCUACGAAAACUAUCCAAGCCAAGAAUUCAUGCUGAAUUUCGGGGCCUCAGACAUCGUCGAAGAGCAGCAAGACCAAAGUAAUCUGCGGCAUCAAGCCCAUAGUGAUGAAUCGCGGCUGAGACCUUACUCCCAUCAACCAGACUCAGAUAUUUACGGAUCUGAGAGCCAGUGGUCGACCAAGCUGACCAAGUCCUCUUUCCAGCCGGCCAACCAGCUUCCAGAGGACCAAGUACUCAGAAAACAGAAAGAGUUUACAGAGAUGGGCGUCGAAAACAAAGGGGAGGCACCGGAAAUAAUCACCGCGCGUCCCGAAGAUGCUUUUAUCACCGUCCUAGUCGCUUCUGACAAUCAAACCAACACCCCCGGGCUAGACAUGACUAGCGAGACCACUGUGCCAACUGAUUUCGGACAGAAGUCGUCGGCAGCUGAAGAAGUUACAGGCACUGGCGAAAAUUUGGCUCCUAGAAGAAGGAUCCCAAGUAGAAGAAGAAGAAUUCGUGUCCGUGUCCGUCCAUCUCCAUCCGACGACUUUGUAACCGCAGAAUCCCAGCACUUCAACUCAGCCGUCAACAAUUUCGUCCACGAACAAGUGAAACCAUCUUUUAACGAUCAGUCUUCAUCAAAAUACCGCGAAAAUCUAAAUAAUUACAAAGAACCUCCAACGCCAGAAGUUCCUACCGAAUCAAUAACAACCACUGGCAUUGCCCCUACUACAACAACAACCACCACUACAACGACAAUACCCGAUUCAACCAUCAAUACUGAAAUUACAGAGCGCACACAGUCAGAAGUAUCUACGUCACUUCCAGUCACUAAUGAAACAACAGAGACAAUAAAAAGCGACGGUGAUAGCUAUAACACAGACUCGGGAAUAACAACAACCGAUAGUGCCCCAGCUACAUACGAGACGACUAUUUUUGGAGAUUCCUUUUCCACUGAGUCGACGACUCCUCCGGUUCCCCAGCACAAAUCUUGGGACUCGAGCAAAGCCUACACCGAUUGGCUGAUGCGCAAAAUGAAGAAGCCUUUGAAGUCUGAGUAUGAUUGGACGAAAAAAGACGGAGAUAGCAAAGAAGCUAAAGGUAAAGACAGAGAUGAUGGAAAUGGUAACGAAGAGCAUCCGAAAAAUCACAGAAGCGAGUGGAGCGAAGUUCGUUAUCCAGAUCGCAGCAUUUUCGGCUACGGGCGCUCGGAUAAACAGGAAGAAACUUCGACGACUCAGGUACCGGGUGUCGUUACAAAGACAGAAGGCGAAUCUAACGUGGAAACUAUUUCCGAUUAUGUGCAAGCUAUUUUUGAUACCAUGAAGACUGCGGAUGAGGAACACGCGAUCCUUGACAACGCUCCAGAUUUGUGGGAUGAUGAAACUAAACCCACUACUCAACCUCACAGUCAUUCUUCUUCCACUUCUAUUUCUGUUUCAACUUUUACUCCUACCCCUACCCCUACUUCAACAGAAACUUCAACUGCUGAUAAGCCGACGGCGUUGGUCGAUAAUCGAGGGGAUAAAGCUGGCAAAGUUGUGGAAAGAAUUGAGAAGAGAAAAGAAACAGAUGCAGAAAGACGGAUACAGAUACUGACAGAGACGGAGACUGAGACGGAGACGGAAACAAAGACAACUGAAGAAUCCACGAGUACGAUUAAUCCCAGUAAUGACGGCAGUGCACCCAAUAUUCUAGGCACGCUGAUAACUACAACAGAACCGCCAACUGCUAAGAAUGCCUCGGCAUUGUUGGGCGCGAUCCUGAGGACCUCGACCUCCACCAAAGUAUCGCAUAUGACGGAAAUAUGCUAUCGAGGACGUUGUGUUAUGACUAAGCCCAACAAGGAUUCCCACAAUAGAUGAUUACUCCCCGACUUUUAUCUAAAAGGAUAUUGAAUACAUAAAACAUUUUUCUUAUUCACGGAGGGAAUCAUUAUUUGUAUAUAUUUUAUACUGAUUUUACCAUCCAAUGGUUCAUAAAAAUUCAUUUUAAAUUCUCUUAGAAGUUCCGAAUGUAAAAACUCGACUAAUUUUUUUUACAACUUUUUUCGUGCCUGGUAAAAAUUAAUUAAAGUCUGCGUGAACAACUCAAAAUUUAAAUAUAAAUUAUAACAAUAACUUUUUCCUUCUAUGAAAAAAAAACUCGGUCUUAGUCUUAUUAAAAGCUGAGAAAAAUACGAUAAUGGUUGUCAUGAUGUUUUUUUUUAAUUUCACCAUACAAAGUAUCCAAAAUUUUUUUUUCACUGUCUAAAAAAUUUAUAUGGGAAUCCGUAGAUACGCGUCGCUGUGAAUGUUUAUGCAAAUCCAUAAAAAAGUAUGGGGUUUCAUAGGAAUCCAUGGUAAAAAUUUUUUAUUGAUAACUUUUUUUGGAUAAAAACCCAUGAGAUUUUUUCGGAGCCCAUAGAAAUCUGAGGAAAUUUUUUUUUUAUGGUGACUUCAGAUGAAAACCCAUGGGUUCUAUAAAAAUUUCUAAAAGAAGAUUCUAUAAAAUCUAUGGUAAAAAAAUUUAUGGUGAUUUUGUAUAAAUCCAUAGAAACCCAUACGAUGUAGAAAUUCAUAGUAAAAUUUUUCUAUCGUCAUAAAUUCAAAUUUGAAUUAAAUAGAAACCCGCGAAAUUUGAAAAUUUCCAUGGGUUCCACGGAUUUUUAUUUAAAAUAUUUAGACAGUGAUAACCAUUACCGCGUAAUUCUCAAUACGAACAAAAUAAAUUCCGAUAAAUUAGAUUAAAAAAUUUAAAAAAAAUCUCCCGCGAUUAAUAUUCCGCGCGCAUCGGACAAUUAAUUUAUUUAAAUCUCACUAUUAUGUGAGGAACGCACUCGACGCGACAUACAGGCGACAGAUGACAGAUAUCAUCGUAACAUUAUUUUCUUAUCACACCAAAUUGCUCCACUAAUCGAUCCCCCCCUCUUCUCCCACUUUGUGCAAACAGCUAAAGUGUGUGUCUUAACUUAAAUUAUUCAUAACAACGCCUACUUUCUUUCUUAUAUUUUUAUCACCCGACAAUAAUCAUAAUCAUAAUCAUAAUCAUAAAUUAUAAAAGCUAUAAAAACAAUGUAUAAAUUUAUCUGUAAAUCGUACAAUGUACAUUUCUAUUUUAAACGUGAUUAAUAUACAUAUAAUUUAUGAUACAUAUUAUAAUAUAUUAUAAAUAUAAUUAAUGAGUAAUGUAAUUAACUGGCUUGAAA